AGCAGCCUGUGACGCGGCCGCCGCCCCCGGGCUGCGACUUCUCGGCGCGGCGAUUCCCCCCGGGCCGGGCCCCGCCGUCCCGCGUUCCCCGGAGCGCUCGUCUCCGGGGGGGAGGGAGCAGGGCUGGUGGGCGCCCGCGGCGCGCAGCGGGACCCACGGGGCCCCGCGACCCGCCGAGCCUGGAGCCGGGCCGGGGCGGGGCAGCCGGCUCCAGCCCGGAGCAAACUUCGCCGCCGGGCGGGGCGUGGCGGGGACCCGGGCCCGAGCCGGAGGAGGGGGCGGCCGCGGCCCCCGCCUCUGCGCGCGAGUCCCCGGGCACCAUGCUGUCCGGCUCUCCCGGCCAGACUCCGCCGGCGCCCUUCCCCAGCCCGCCGCCUCCCGCCCCGGCGCAGCAGCAGCAGCCGCCGCCGCCGCCGCCGCCGCCGUUCCCCCAGUUCCACGUCAAGUCGGGCCUGCAGAUCCGAAAGAACGCCAUCACCGACGACUACAAGGUCACCAGCCAGGUGCUGGGCCUGGGCAUCAAUGGGAAGGUGCUGCGGAUCUUCGACAAGAGAACGCAGCAAAAAUUCGCCCUGAAGAUGCUGCAGGACUGUCCAAAGGCACGCAGAGAGGUGGAGCUUCACUGGAGGGCCUCCCAGUGCCCUCACAUCGUACACAUCGUGGAUGUCUACGAGAACCUGUAUGCUGGGAGGAAAUGCCUGCUGAUCGUCAUGGAGUGUCUCGAUGGCGGAGAGCUCUUUAGUCGGAUCCAGGACCGAGGAGACCAGGCAUUCACAGAAAGAGAAGCAUCAGAAAUCAUGAAGAGCAUUGGUGAGGCCAUCCAGUAUUUGCAUUCGAUCAACAUUGCUCAUCGGGAUGUCAAGCCCGAGAACCUCUUAUAUACUUCCAAAAGGCCCAAUGCCAUUCUGAAACUCACUGAUUUUGGCUUUGCCAAAGAAACCACCAGUCACAACUCUCUGACCACUCCAUGUUAUACACCAUACUAUGUUGCUCCGGAAGUCCUGGGCCCAGAGAAGUAUGACAAAUCCUGUGACAUGUGGUCCUUGGGUGUCAUCAUGUAUAUUCUGCUGUGUGGGUAUCCCCCCUUCUAUUCCAAUCAUGGUCUUGCCAUCUCUCCGGGUAUGAAGACUCGUAUCCGAAUGGGCCAGUAUGAAUUUCCUAACCCAGAAUGGUCAGAAGUAUCAGAAGAAGUGAAGAUGCUUAUCCGGAAUCUGCUGAAAACAGAGCCCACCCAGAGGAUGACCAUCACAGAAUUCAUGAACCACCCCUGGAUCAUGCAAUCUACGAAGGUCCCUCAGACUCCGCUGCACACCAGCCGUGUCCUGAAGGAGGACAAGGAACGGUGGGAGGAUGUCAAGGAGGAGAUGACCAGUGCCUUGGCCACAAUGCGUGUUGACUAUGAGCAGAUCAAGAUAAAGAAGAUAGAAGACGCAUCCAACCCUCUGCUGCUCAAGAGGCGGAAGAAAGCUCGUGCGGUGGAGGCUGCGGCCCUCGCCCACUGAGCCGCUGUCUCCCUCCCCACUGGAGCACAAGCAAUAACUCGACAUGAAUAUAUUUUUUAAACCAAGAGACACAAGUUGCCCACCGCUGCCUCCUGCCCUCCUGGGCUGUGUGGAGCCCAGAUGCGCCUCUGGCUGAAUUCUGCCCUUGGCUCUGGCCUCCCUGGAGAGGGGGCUGGAGGGUGCGUGAGGAGCGCUGAGCCCAGGCUCUCGAGCCCAGGCUCCCCUUGCAUUUUAUCUGUAAUUUGACGUAGAAUUUUUAUGGAACCUCUUUUUAUUGUCCUUUCGCCCACUCCUCGUCCUUUCCCCAAGUCCAUUCCCUUCUUCAGAGGCUGGGGUUUACCCAAGGGUGUUGUGGAAGUUGUUGCAGGGCAUGUCCCUCGGUUGUCCCAUCUGGCUUCCCUGGCCUCCUCCUGUAACCUGGGCCCCCAAUGGCUGUAGAAUCUGGGAGCUCCAGGGAGGGGGGCAAGGAAGUAGCAGUAGGUGCCACUCUGCCUCAUGCUGCAGCUCUCAGACAUCACCAGUGUGCGCAACAGAGGAGUCCAUGCGUGCAUGUGUGUGCCCAGGGCUGUGCCAGUGGCUGGGCAUCGGAGGGUCCUGGGAAGGCAGGACCGUAGGGACUCCUGCUUGAACUGAGCCUGCCUAAAUGCCUAGGUAGCUUGUCUAGAUCCAGAGCCAGGUAGUCAUGGCCUCUGUGUUAGCUGGGCAGGGGCGGCGAUGAGCAGUGAGUGGCCCCUGGCCGCCAUCGGGAGGUCUGGGCCCUCGCAGGGUGCCCUGCCCAAAAGCAGUGCUGCUCCUGGGCCCCCGAGGCACCGACCACCGAGUAGCCUCUGCUCGCCCUUCUUGCCGUUAUUAACCCACUCUUGUUGAGUUCUCGGAAAGUUUUAGCCAUUUCUCAAUGGGCCGUCUCUCCGCUCCCAUGGGUGAGCCUGGGAAGGUUAUACUGCAAGGGGUUCGUAUUUCAUGCAUCUCCCCUCCCCCCAUCCCCCGAGCUCUGGGGUACCUGCCAACCUCCCUUCUUUGGCAAGGGCAGGACCAUGUGUGGUCUUCCUGGAUUUCCACUCUAUGGCCUGGUGGGCAGGGCAGUCUUCACACCAAAGAUGUCUUGACGCUGUCUCUGCCCACUAGCUACCUUACCCUCAAACAACUCAGCCUGGGUGGGGGCUCCCCAGGAUUGAGGAGGGACAGGUGGGGAAGAGUCUUUGUGCCAUGGUCCCCCAUGCCCCUCUCGCUGGAGGAGGGGUGGUUCCCUCAGGGGUUGGUGGAGGAGGGGCUCCUGGGACAUCUCUGGGCCUGGGGGCACUGCCCAGAUGUCUGCAGCUCCUCCCUUGUCUUUGAAGGUGUGUUCAGCACUCAGACUGUUGUAAACUGUUGUUUUGUAUGAGCAAAAAUUGUCUUUACUAAACAAAUUUAAUAGUUGAAA